CACAUUGUCCUCUCUGCCGGGGGAGCGUGACUAAAAAAGAAAGAACAUAUCCCAAAAGGGCUCUAGAUGUUGAAAACAGUAUGAAGAAAGCUUCUGGGGGCUGUAGAUGCUGUGAGAAGCAGGUUAGAUUUUCGUGGAUGAGACAGCAUUAUAAAACGUGUAAGAAGUAUCAGGAUGAAUAUGGUGUUUCUUCCAUUAUUCCAAACUUACAGAUUUCCCAAGAUUCAACAGGGAACAGCAGGAGUGAUGCAAUAUCUGAUAAUGGCGAGAUGGCUAAUAAUCAAAUACUUCAAGGAGAAACAAGUGGACACCCAACCUUCAAAUGCCCUCUGUGUCAGGAAGCCAAUUUUACCAGACAACGCUUGCUGGAUCACUGUAAUAAUAGACAUCUUUAUCAGAUAGUUCCUGUAAUCUGUCCUAUUUGUGUAUCUCUUCCUUGGGCAGAUACUAACCAGGUUACUAGAAAUCUUGUUAGCCAUCUAAAUCUAAGACACCGGUUUGACUACGGAGAAUUUGUGAAUCUUCAACUUGAUGAAGAAGCCCAAUACCAAAAUGCAGUUCAAGAAUCCUGUCAUGUGAACUUUUAAAGUAUAGCCCCCCUUCAUCUCACUGAUUAUCUGAGAGAAAAAUUGCAUUAAUUCUGUUGGUGAUCUGAAGUGUAUAUUGAUAAAAAUAGUAUUCAGUAACCACUUUUCAGGCUUAACUUUUCCACGCUUGUAAGGACUUUUCAUAAAUGAUUUGCUGAAACUCAAACCUCACAUCUUUACUGAGACCUGUCCCUGUGGAAUUAGGGACCUUUUUGGAACUUCUCACUGUUGUCUUGAUUUUCUCUAACUUCUACUGCUCUGUUAAUUACACUGUUUCUUUUAUUAAUGUCAGAUAUUUUAAUUCACCAAAACCAGCUUUGAAAGGCCCUUUAGAAAGACGUGCAAAGGUGCUCUGCUGCACUGUUGAGUUUCAGUUCAGCUGUCAUCUGCUAAGAUACCCGAGAUGAUAAUUUUUUUUUCUCCUGCUGCCCAAGGACAAAAUUUUAUUUGAUAUUGUGAUUUGUUUUUUACUAUUACUACGUGAAUGAAAAUAACAACUUAAGGAAAAAAAAACUUGUUUUCUAUAGAUCAACAGUGCAGAGCAGGUUUUUUCUCACCUUUCAUUGAGAAAGAAUGAUGCCAUUGCCUAGGAAUAAUUACAUCUAUUUUUUCCCCUUUUGGAGCAUAACUGAAACAGGACGCUUGCUUACUAAAGUGACGGGUGAGGAAUUUUCCCUGUACUCCCAACUACUAAGGAAGAUGACAUACUUUCUGAGCAAUUCAAGAUGACACACAAAAGGUAUACUUUUUUGGUAUAUGACUGUGACCAGCUAAUUUUUUAUUUUGUUGGAGCUUUUUAAGAACUUCUGUUGUUGCAUUUGGAAAUCAAAUUUUGGCCUGUUCUGUCUUUCGUGGAAGGCUGUGUAACUAGAGAACUAAUUGGCUUCAGACCUACCCAACACUCAGAAAUGAACUUGUUUGUUUUGGUAAGACUGUUUAAAACCUCGGCAUCUCCUGCAUCCAAAGGCUUUGAAAAAACAGUUGAGAAGAAAAACUUGCUCUGAAAUAGUUACCAACAUAUUUUAAGAGUUCCUAUUCUAGAUUUCCACGUUCCCAGCAAGACCGUCAUUAAAAUCGGAGAAAACAGAGCAAUAAUGCAAUUUUGAAUUUAAAUGGAAAGUCCAUUUGUAAAAGAACUUUAAGGUCUUUUAUUUGAUACUAAUGGGGAGAAGGGGAAAGAAAGCUGCACUGCUUAUAUUUUGUAGGUUUAAAUAGAGGCUGUUCUGAAUGUAUACCUUUCAGGACUCACUCUUCAUCCUGCAUCGCCAUAGCCCACAGUCAAACCAGUGUUCUUAAUGGGUAUUGUAUACAUGGUGGAGAACAUUCCCAGUAAUUCUCCUAGUCUAGUUGGUCAUUUAUGUGUAAUAAUAUCAGUUGUGCAGCCAAAGUACAAUCUGCUGCUUUUGCCCUGGCUCCCAUUUGCUCUCCAAAUAGAGGCUUUGAUUAUUCUUUAAAUACUGAGAUAUUUCAUAUUCCAAAACUGAUAAGGUUGAAAUGCCUCAUUCUGCAGUGUAAUGGGUUUCAGAACUGAAUCUUAGUUCUAAUAUGUUGAGUAUUGGAACUAAACCACUAUACACUGUAACCUGAAAUUUCUGUCUUCUGGUUUUGAAGUGUAAAGCAUUACUGAAGGCAUAGCUGACUACAAUACAGAGAAAGCUGGCUUUUCCAGAAAUGUCUAAAGGUUAUAUCCUUUUUAUAACAACUUAACUUGUCUUGCAUUUUGUUACUGUCUUAAUAUGGUAUUUCGGCAGCAGGCCAUGCCGUGUUCUUGUACUCAAACUUCCCUGUUUGCCCCCAGUACUAUUGCCUGCAUAUUCUCACUCAUCUGUCAGCUCUAGUGCUUGUGUGAGCACGUACUGAUUUGAGUGGUUCACUGAUCCAGCUGAGAAUGUUGUUUGAAUUUUUUAUUUUCUCUUUUCCUCUAUAAAGCCGACUAUGAAGUAGUUCCCUUUGACAGAAAGGAAUUUCAAGGUAGCUUGAUGCUAAAGUUUUACCUUUUUAAAAUAAAAACGCAUACUGUGGUGACUUUAUUACAGCAUACAUUUCCUAAGGAAUUGAAUAGUUAUAUGUAAGUUUAGUUAACUUUUUUAGAUUCGAUAAAAUAUUUAUAUCAUCUGGCAAUAAAUGCCUACAGCCAAUACAGAUUCAGAAUGCCUCAUGGACACUGGAACUAGUUAUUUCUAUUACUUGAACAUAUCUCGAGAAUUGCAAAUGAAAUGACAUCUAUUUUAAAACUCUGGGAAACAAAUUUUUCUAUAGCAAUAAUUAGUUGUCACUUGACGCGUAGUUGCUGAGCAUUUUAGUCAGGUUUAAAUGUUGAGAGACUUGAGUACACAUUUAAAAGCAACAAAUGUGUAUAAAUGCAAUGUAAAAAAAAAAAACCUUGCAAAAUGUUUAUCAUCUUUAUUUGCAUAUGUUAAAAUCUGUAUUGGCAGGUACUGCCUUGCUCAAGAUUUUAUACUUUUAAUAUGAAGAGAUUGCAUCCAAUACAUUCACUACGUUAAGCGUUUAAUGAAAAUGAAACCAUCUAUUUAAAUAUGCUGCUGCUGGUCAUGAUCUUUCUCACUGAAACUCAGACAUACACAAAAAGCUGUGUAUUUGUGGUGGUGAUGCU